AUGGAUGAUCAGGAAGGGAAUGUAAAGCGAAAAAAUAGAUUAGCGGUUUUUGAGCAUAUAAAAGAAGUCAAAAAGCCCAAAAGAAAAUUUAAUUAUCGAGGGAACUCUGACGAUUCGUCUCCAUCUGAGUCUGAAUUGAUUAUCGAUGAUGAACGGGAAGAGCCAGUAAGAAAAAGAAAAGUCCCUCCUCCCAUUAAAUUAUCCGAAGAACCAUUAAAUUUGCAAUGCGAAUGGGAUCAAUGUGAAGAAAGUUACGAUUCUUGGGAAAAAUUUAAUAACCAUCUAACAGACCAUGCAACCAACCAAACAAAUAAGUUGAAGUGCCAAUGGAAAAAUUGCAUAGGCAAAGACAGCAGCUCGGUACCACUUUUAAUGCAGCAUAUGUCCUACCACGCUUACAUUGCAAAACUAAAAAAUAUCGGGCAAAAUUUGUGCAUAAGAAAUAAACUGCCCUCUUGCACAGAGAGACACAGAUGCAUGAUACCUUUGUUACCUAAUGGUUACAAGUGCGAAUGGGAACAUUGCUCGUUUGAUUUUUGUACCAUAUUCGAAUUUUUGGAUCACAUGGUUGUACAUAUAAAAAAUAAUCCUAAAGUGGCCAAGGCAAAGGAAGUCAUCGAUUGUUGUUGGAAAGGUUGCAAUACGUCAUACUCAACGCAAACGAAAUUGAUGGAACAUGUACGAAUCCAUACUAAAGAGAAAGUCGUAGCAUGUCCUAUAUGUGGAAGGUUAUUUUCAAGUAAAACGAAAUUUUGCGAUCAUAGAAAAAGACAGUUGUCUUCUGAAUUACAAAGUUAUCAAUGUUCCCAAUGUCUGAAGAUGUUCCCGACUGAAAGGUUACUCAGAGAUCACAUGAGAUCUCACAUAAACCAUUAUAAAUGCACCAUGUGCGACAUGACCUGUCCCAAACCUUCAAUACUCGCAAAGCACAUCAGAUUUAAGCACGUCAAAUAUAAACCUUACAAGUGUCUGGAAUGUGGUAAAUCAUUUGUGGAAAAACAUAAUUUGAACACUCACCUAAGAACACACAAAGAGGAUAAUCCCUCUAAAUGUUGCAUCUGCGAUUUCGAAUGCCGUUCCACCGUAGGUUUAGAAAAUCAUUACAUCAAAAAACAUUACAGCGCCGGUUCAACAUACGAAUGUCACUGUUGCAAAAAACAUUUUAAAAGGGGCACUUAUCUAACCAAGCAUUUGACUAAACAACACAAUUAUCAUUGGCCUUCCGGACAUUCCAGGUUCAGAUAUCGCCGAGAUCAAGAUGGAGUUCAUAGGCUACAGACAGUUCGAUAUGAGAGUUUAGAAGUAACUCAAGAGAUGAUCCGUAGCGAAUCCAUGCAGACCAGCGCAGUCCAGCAAGCUACUACUUAUAACCUCAAAUAUGACAACGAUGGAAAAUCAGGUUAUGUUUUGUCGAUUUCCGAAACCGGCGAACAAUCCGUCAGAGAGAAGGAGAGAGAUGACAACAACAUCCUAAUUACGAUUAACGAUCUCGACGAGAAAGGAAACAUUUUGGGAUCUCAAGUCGUGGAAUCGACCAUAGUUCCGGCAAGCGAGUUGACAGAUUUCGAAAGCGUAGUACAGGUAGCUGAGCACGUUGAUAAGCCUAAAAAAGAAAAAGAAAAGAAGUUUACCGAUAUCGAUAUGAGUCAUUUGUUGGCUGAUGACGCAAAAUUGGAUUCGGUUAAAUUAAAAGGAACGAUUCUGGAUUACGAAAUAUUUAAAAAUAGUGUUUAG